GGAUUUCUCUCUGAAUCGCGCACAGAAGGAGGAGGAAAGAGAUGUGGAGGAUCAAGCCAGAAGACAUGGGUCGGGCAGAAGAAGCGAAGCGGUUCAUGGUGAACUACUACAGGACGUUCGACACGAAUCGGGCGGGCUUGGUGAACCUGUACCGGGAAGAGUCGGUGCUGCACUUCGACGGCCGGGAGAUCAAGGGCAAGGAGGCCAUCCUCGCCAAACUCACCUCCCUUCCGCAGUGCCACCACGAAAUCGCCGAGUUCAAGUGCAUGCCCUACCGGACCGGCAGCGUGCUCAUCUCCGUCUACGGCGAGACGUGGGUAGGGGGCCAGAAUGUCAUGGCGGACGCCCUUAUUUCAGAUCAGACGUUCCUUCUGAUGCCAGCACCAGAAGGAAGCUUUUGCGUAGGAACACAAAUUUGGAGCCCCUUUGAUCUCAGCAAGAAUCGGACACCACCACCGGAAUCGAAACCGACACCGGCCUUUGCUUUUCUAAUGUCCACGCUGACUUCCCCACCGCCAACGCCAAUGUCCGCCUUUGCUCUUCAAACCGCCGUGCGGAUGUCCGGCACGACAUCGCCAGCUUACGUCUCGGCACCCGCACCGCCCAUGGCGGCCUCGACAUCAAGUGAGUCCACGUCGUCCACCUCAUCCGCCUCGGCAUCGAGUGUGCCGAGUGGGUCCGCCUUGGCACUGCCCAUGUCCAGGAUGAAAAUUUCUACCUCGGCACCGCCAAUGUCCCUGAUAAAACAUCCUUAGGUUCAUAUAUAUAUAUCAGUAGUUUCAAUGUUCUUGGCGAUCUUUUAUUUUCAAUGUUUUAUUGCAGUAUUGGUUAUUUUAUA